AUGGCAUCCGACAACUCUCGCCAGCACAACAACCAAGACUUCCAGCUCACUGAGCUCUUCAACGUCAAUGGAAAGGUCGCUCUGGUAUGACCUCGUCAACCAAAUUUUGUCGCUGUUCGCCAACUAACCUCGUCUGAUAGGUCACUGGCGGUGGCUCCGGCAUUGGUCUGAUGGCCGUUCAGGCCCUCGCCGUCAACGGAGCAAAAGUGUACAUCUGCGGUCGUACAGAGGAGAAGCUCGACACCGUCGCCAAGACAUACACCCAGGAUAUCCCAGGUCAGAUCAUCCCUAUCGUAGCCGACGUCUCGAAGAAGGACGACGUCAAGAAGCUCUACAGCGAGAUUGCCCAGAAGGAGGAGAAGCUCGACAUACUGGUCAACAAUGCUGGAAUCAGCACCACCACGGUCAACACCGAAGCCGGCAGCGCGGACGAGCUCAAGGCGGCCCUCUUCGACAACGAGGAAGUCACCUACGAGGAUUGGGCUGCUGUUUACAGCACCAACGUGUCACAGAUAUACUUCAUGACGACAGCUUUCCUGCCAUUGCUGCAGAAAGCUGCUGAGAGUCAGCACGGAUCGUCAGGCUCCGUGAUCAACAUCGCCUCCAUCUCUGGCCAAGUCAUGACCACUCAGCAUCAUCCGCAAUACAAUGCCUCCAAGGCCGCUGCCAUCCAUCUCAGCCGCAUGCUGGCACACGAGGUGCAGAAGAACGGCCUGACCAUUCGAAUCAACGACAUCUCUCCCGGAGUGUUCCCGUCUGAAAUGACCACUCAGGAGAGCGGUGCCAACCAGAAGUCGCACAUCCCAAAGGAGCAGCAUGAGGGCAAAACUCCGGCUGCUCGCCCGGGCAAUGACCGCGACAUGGCUAGCGCUGUUCUCUUUGUGGCCACCAACACAUUCCUCAACGGCCAGACCAUUACUGUGGAUGGUGGCUACACGCUUGUCGCGGGAAGAUAA